AUGGUGAACCCAAAUCUGACCAACCCUUAUCGCAAAGAAGCGGAACUGUUGGGCAUCGAAUUUAACAUGGAAACAAUGAAAAAACUUAUGCAAGCUCAACAGCUUCCUGCCCAUGAUAUUAAAUAUGAGUCACUUCGUGUUACUGAAUGGUGGCAAGUGGAAGAAGUCUUCUCCAUGUGUGCUAAGUUUGUACCGGAAUCCCGGUCUGUCAUAUCAGAUGUUCUUAAAAUAAUCAACAUUGAAGACCCAGAAGCCUCUCUAAUAAUUAAACCACUGAAUAUUAGCCAGAGUUCUGCUAUAGAAAACGUAGACGCAACUCUUGUUCAACAGUUGCAAACUUCGACGCUCCAAGCAGAAUUGGAUGAACAAAGUCUAAGGGUAAAUGAUGGAACCAAUGCAUGCACAUUCCUUGCAAUUGCUAUGUGUGACGCGUUGUUGGACUGUCAAAGACCUAUUUCUGACCGAAAUGAAUCUUUGACUCACGUCACAGGACUGGCUGAGGACCUGAUAAAAACACUACCAAAAAAGAUAAAUUGUUUUAGAAACAUUUCUGAGAAGUAUGAACUAUCUAAGACUAAGGACAUUCUUGAGUAA